CGCUCCCCUCGCAGGUCGCAGCCAGCGGCAGAGAGAAACAGAGCAUCAACCAAAUCGCCGCUUGCCAUCGCCCGUCACGCCUUUGCACCCGCGAAUCUAAGCCGCUGCCAAUCUUCUGGUCUCACACCGUUUUCCCCCCAAAAAGAUCAUAUCUUUCUAGUUCCCCAAAUCCUGUCCUAGCUCACCUCCAGAUCCAUGGCGCCCCGCGCCGUUCCCGUCCGGCCCUCCGCCCUGGCGGGCGCCCCGCGCUCCGGCCACCCCGACUGGGCCUUACUCAACAAGGCGGGCCGCAUCUCCGACGACCGGAACGAGACCACCGCCGAGUGCCGCACGGCGGAGGGCCAGGCCGUCGAGGUGUCCUUCUGCCUCGCCGACCCGCCGGCCGUCUCCCACUUCUCCGUCCACUGCCCCGGCCUCGAAGGCGACGACUACUCCGACACCCAGCCCCUGCUCAUCUGCGCCGAGGGACCCUUCGUGCUCUUCUGCGUCACCCUCAACGUCCCCGAGCGGGGCUCCGUCCACCACUUCGUCUACUCCGCCCGCGGCCCGUCCAGUAAGCGCCCGUCGCUGCACCUGCUUCCCGAACCGGACGCUCAGAUCCAAGCCUUCCAGGCCCAGCAGUUUGGCAUCUUGCCCUGCGGCGGCGGCCACUUCGCCGUGGCUUUCCUCGAUCGGGUUCGCCCUAUCAACUGCUGGAGGUAUCACGCCUACGUCUUCUCCUCCACCACACGGGCAUGGAGCAGAACCAAGCCGACUAUGCCGCCGGACUUGUCCCAGUCCGACCAAGUGUUGCUCGAUAGACAUCGCAGCUGCAAACAGAUAACUGUCGGAGCAAGCUCGCUGGGCUGGGUUGAUCUCUUGGGCGGCGUACUGCUACUCUGCAACCUCUUCGACAAGCAUCCCGCCAUCGAGUACAUCCCGUUCCCCGCGUCCAGGGUUCCUCUCGCCGACGAGGACGGUGUCGCGGACAUUGUUGCUGCUGCAGAGCACUUAUGCGAAGACUGCUGCGGCCACCUGAUUAGCUACAUCCGCAGAGACCUGAUCAAGUACAUCCCGUUCCCCGCAUCCGGGGUUCCCCUCGCCGACGAGGACGGUGACGCGGACAGGGCUGCGAGGCACUUCUGCGAUGGCUGCUGCGGGAUGAACUACAUCCCGUUACUCGCGUCCAGGGUUCCCCUCGCCGACCAGGACGGUGUCGCGGGCAUCGCUGCGGAGCACUUAUACGACGUCUCCUGCUGCGGCGAUCUGAUCAAGUUUGUCCAGAUAGAUUUUGAUAAACCUGAUUACGGAAGCAGUGGUGUAGCUUGGAAAGCCACCACAUGGAACAGGAAGCUCUCUUGGUGUGCUUGGCGCGACGGCCACACGGUUGAUGUCGCUGAAAUCUCGGUCGACACGAAUCGUUAUUCCGCUCUAUUGCCUGAGCUGCUGAAUGAUGAGACCAAACAAUUGGAACUGAAGAAUCUCAUUUUCAUUAACCCCACCCUGAGCAUCCAAGAUGACCAUCUUCUCUACAUAAGGGCCAAGGUAAAGGCUCAAGAUGACACGUCAUGGGUCCUCGCUCUUGACAUGAAACAUGCCUCUCUCAACGCACUAGCCCCAGUUUCCACCCAACCCUUCUGUGGCGUUAGCGUUACCAUGUACUCUCCAUGCGCCUUCCCCAAGUACUACCUCCACAACAUGCCAGCAGAGGCAGACAUGGCCAAACCAGUGGUCAGGCAUGUAUACGUCACAGCAGAUAAAAGAUCUCGCAGGAGGCAGCAACGGAUACUCAACCCCAAUAGCUCUCGACGGAAUCCGGUGGCACGGGCUGAGCAAGCUGGAGGCCACGAGCGAGCUUCAGUUCUUGAAUUCCUGCUUCUGCAUCGCCGGAACAUUAACUUCUUUGUCUUCAUAGUAGUACCGAUCAUGGCAAAAGUGUUGUCUUAUAUCUACUCUUGAAUAGAGUCGACGCCCCCUGAAUCCCUCUCCUAGUUUAAGUGCAAAUUGAUGUUGCUUCUGCUCUGACUAUGUAAAAACAAAGCAUAUCACUGUAGUAGGAGCUGCCUCUCCUCCAAGCUGUGGUUAUGUAUAUAUAUGAAAUGAUAAUUGCUGCAG